AGAUAACUCAUUUAAAUUAAACACUUCAUAAUUUACCAGUUUACUCUUUAAUUUAAUGAAAAUCAAGCAUAAUGACCAAAAGUAUAUUUGUUUUUGUCCUCCUCCUUAUUACCUGGGUGACUUGCUUGCCUCGAACUUCUCGCCGAGUUCCUGGCGGUGGGAGAAUAAUCGGUGGUGAGGACGCGGUCGAGGGUCAAUUUCCUUAUCAACUGACCCUAAUGCGGUAUGGGUCACAUGUCUGUGGGGCAUCCAUCAUUGACCAGAGUAUCGCAGUUACUGCAGCCCACUGCGUGUACGGCGAAUCCCCCUCGAAUUUAAGCGUCAUCGCUGGAAAGCUCCACCGUCUCACAACCGGAAGCCACGAGCAGACCCGAAACAUUGAGCGAAUCACGAUCCAUGAAUCCUUCGAUGACUACACUUUCGCCAACGGCAUCGCCCUCCUUCAUCUCGAAGUCGCCCGUCCCUUCAUUUUUGACGAUUUCGUUUCCCCAAUCCCUCUCCCGAUCCAGGGCCAAGAGACCACCGGCCCCAUCACAGCUUCCGGAUGGGGCGUCACCGUUCAAGGAGGUUCGCAGUUCGCCAAUAUUUUGCAAUUCGUCCAACUUCCUGUUAUCAAUGAUACCACGUGUCAGGCCAUGUAUCCUGAAGAAAUCCUGGAAGAAUCCAUGCUCUGUGCCGGAUUUCCGGAGGGGGGACGAGAUGCGUGUCUGGGCGAUUCGGGUGGACCCCUAGUUUAUUUGCAGGGUGGAUAUUUAGCCGGGUUGGUGAGUUGGGGGUAUGGCUGUGCACUACCGGGUAGGCCGGGAGUUAAUACGGAAGUAGCAUAUUUUGUCGAUUGGAUUUUGUCUAAUUCGAGGCAAACAUAAUUGAAGGCAACUAUUUUUAUUUACGUCAGAUAAACUACACACUUAUCAAUGAUAACAGUACAUACUGUUUGACAGGAGUAAUAUCCUCUUUUAAAAAUUUUACUAAAAAUAUUUGUAGUGUCAUUGCGAAAUAAAUAAUUUAGACUUAAUGCAUAA